GGCUGCGGCUUUGGCACCACGUUAAUAUAAAAAACGAAAUGCAUAUCACAGACGAACUUUUAAUUUGUGUACAAUGUGUAAGGCAAAUGUUCGGUCCAUAGCACUAAGAUUUAUACGAAUGGUGAAAGGUAAUUUCCUGCAGCCAUUUUUAUCCUCCUGGUUUACUCGUGGUUUGUGUAUUACUAUGUUUUCUAGUGUUUGAGAAAGGUGAACAGGUUUUACAUUGUCGCUCUAAUGCUCCUUGUGUUCUUCAGGCGGUGCUGCGGGAGAUGUCCAGCCAGAUGUGGGUGGCGACGGAGGGGCGGGCGUCACUGCGAGAAGUGACAAUCUCGUUGCCUCAGGCGUGGAGGACCGAUGCCCUCACCUGCUCCCUGCCAACGCCGCUCCCAGCCUCUACAGCGCCAUCAGAGGGUCACAUUCGCGUGACUGCCCCGCACCCAGUGUUUGGCUCGCGGCCGUGGACACAACAAAGCAAGGGCUGCGGCCGUCCAGGAGACUUCAUCCAGGUCGGUGAAGACAUCCUGAAGGCAGACGGCGUGGAUGGUUCCCACGCCCUCACCUCCCGCCUCCUGCUGGCAGAGUGGGCCAAGUUUCGCUGGGGAGUCUUCGAUGAGCGUGGCCACCCAAACGACCCGCUGUACCCGUCCACCUUCAGGGACUCGGAGACCCACCAGUGGGUGGCGACAGGCUGUGCCGACGGGGCCGUGAAGGGUAGCACCUGCGACUCCUCUCAAUCAGGCUGCUUCUUCCUGCCUGAGCCCAAUGGUAACGGUCACCUCGUCUCUUCCCUCCUCGCCUUCCCGGAGUUCCCCAACAUGCGGCUUUUCUGCAAGAAGGCGACCCACAACAGGGCGGCACCGACCAAGCACAACGCUCUCUGCGGCAGCCGCUCAGCCUGGGAGGUCAUUGAGCAGACGUCGGACUUUGCCGGGGGAAGGAACGCACCUACUAACAGCAGCCGCCAGAUUUUUGACCCAAGGAUAAAGUUAGUACAAGCUGCUGGUCCAAAUUACGUCUUCGCCAUCGAAAACACUGCCGCUAUGAAUCUACAGCGUCGUUGGGAGUUCCUGAGAAAGGCGAUGCGACGCGUGGUGGUGUAUGACGUGCCGAACGGGGCUCACGUUGGGGUGCUCACUUUUAACUCGGACGGGCGUAUCGUUGCACCGCUCACUUUCAUCGACAGCGAGGACUCGGACAUGCGGCAGCGUGUCGGCUCCUCGCUGCCUCGGAACCCAUCCGGGGUGCCUGAGAGCCAGAAGUGCAUCUUGUGUGGUCUUCAGGAGGCGCUUAAGGUCCUUGGAAACGACGGAAAACACGGCAAAGACACCACCGUCAUCCUCAUCACCACAGGCUCCAGUCCAACCUCGAAGAAGGAAGUUGUGGCCAUGACAUCCCUGGCGGAGCAGAAUCACCUGCGCAUUGAGGUCGUGCUGUACCCACUGACGGAACACCGCGGAGCCCCACAAACUUACCACGGCCUGGAAGCUUUGGUCGAGGCCACCCAAGGCUCCAUCUUCACCGUUAUGGACGAGGGCGUUGGGAACGACUCCAAGGUGAAGAUGAUGGUGGCCCUCAUGGACGCCCUUCUGGCCGCCGUGCAGAGGAGCGUGCCGCCCUCGGCUCCCGGGGCUCCUGUGCUGGUCCACAGCGCGGACUACCCAGGCGGCAUCGCCUCCGUGUCGGCAGGAACGUUUGCUCUUGACGACUCACUUGGUCCUGACGCUCGCUUCUCCGUCUACUACUACGACCUGAACCACGUGGGGAACGCGAUUCACCUCACCGCCCCGUCAGGUCACAAAAUCGCCUCCGUUAACGUACAGGAAGAGGACGGCGACGUCAACAUGAUAUUCAUCAACUUGGAGAAGGCCGAGCGAGGAUCGUGGAAGUACAGCGUGGAGAACCGCGCCGACUCCCACCAGGGACUGUACGUGCAGGUGACGGCGCGGCGGAACACCUCGACGGGCCUCGCAGUCCGCCUGUGGACGAGCUCAGGGACUCGCGCCCUCAACGCCUCAGACCCGACGUCCGCCGCAGUGGUGUUCGUGGAGGUUCGGGCGGGCGUGGCGCCCAUAAAGAACGCCCGGGUCGUUGCUACACUUCAAAGGCUUGGCACUAACGAGACCGGGAGCAACUACCAACCGGUGUUCCUCGACCUGUUUGACAACGGUGCUGGAGAUCCGGACACCACCCGCGGGGACGGAGUGUACUCCCGCUACUUGCCCCGCCUUGCAGGCCGCCCGGGCCGCUACCUGCUGAGUGCUGACGUGGAUGACAACAAUGGCCGAGCGGUGGUCGCCCAUGGUCCGCCGGCAAGGCCUAGGGUUCCCCUUCCGCCUCGCCACCUGCCCCAUUACUACCACCAGCAGGACUUCGGCUCCUGGGGUGACGGAGGCACGUGCUGCGGCUCCUCGCUUCUUUAUUUCCAUUCUCGCACCGCCCUGCCUUUCCAGCGGCACCUAACUUUCGGAGUGUUGGAAGUCGUGUCUCCUCCCAACCCUCGCGACCUGACCCCGCCAUCCCGCAUCCUUGACCUGAGGGUGGAAGUCAACGACACCGUGCAUGAACUUUUCCUCCGAUGGACAGCACCAGGGGACGACUGGGACGUCGGCCGCGCAGACCACUACGAGGCGGUGGUGGCGGCGCGGUGGGCGGAGGCCAGAGCCUUCGAGGGUGACACCCUGACCGGCCUGCCGCGGCCCCUCCCCGCCGGCACCUACCACACAACCAACCUCCACUUUAUCAGAUACGAAGAGCUGUGGUACGUCAGCAUGAGGGCGGUGGACGCGGCGGGCAACAAGGGUCCUCUGGGGAACAUUGCGGCGCUGUGGGUGCCUCGGCCGCCCACCACCUACGAGAUCACCACCCGGACUCACCCCUCCUUCACCACCCUGGGUAACUACGCCAUGCCGUCGGAGCUGGGCUCAGGCCGCCCACUCGGCAUGACGGAGCUGCGAGCUGAGGACGUGGCUGUGAUUGUGGGCAGUCUCGGAGGCUUCCUUGUGGUGGCGGGGGCCCUGGCCACCUACUGUUAUUGGCACACUCUCAGGAGACGAAAACAGCAGGGAAAACACGAGGACGUGAAGACUGUGGUUCGCGGCGGCCACGGCAGCGAUGGCGGCGGGAGCGGAGAGGUGAGUCUGGCUAUCAAGUCCGAGCCGCUGGUGGGUGGUACCGGCGGCAGCCACGAGUCGAUCCACAGCUUAACAAACGACAACGCCUCAAGAAAACCUGUGGACGGGGUUUCACAUUCCUCUGCUCAGUCGUGGGGCGCCGCCACCUUGCAGCGAGACAACGGUGCUGACCUGCCGGGCGACCCGCUGGCAACCCUCCCCAGUCUAGACGGCAGACCACCCUUCCCGGACGUCACUGUCACUGACUUACAAUCAGUCCCGGUCGGGGGCGGCCAGCCUUCUUUGCACCUCCCUUACAGCCACGAGGUGCUUCCAGGCCACUUCGACGUGUCAGCCUCUUACAACCGUGGCUGGGAAGAACCUCUCACCAGCCACCUGCUGUCCCACGUCCACACCACACCUCCCACGCCAGCCCCUCAGCAGCUUCCUAUGCCGCAGGGUGACCGCAAGCGACGAAGUGUGACGCAGGUAUAAAGAGGCUGCCAGCCGCUGCACAGCCUUCCAGCCCCACAGGUAACACGGUGACUCGACUGAUGGUGCAUCCCUUAACAAGUGCCAACCGCUCCGCGCCGCUCGUUCUCAGUGGUCUUGGAGGACACAAGGAGCGACAAGGCUCCGAGAACCGGCAGCAAGAGGCCACCCUCGGGGUACAUCGUGUUUGGUGGUGCCAUGACGCACAGGACAUGAACUCUUCCCGACCACUUCUUUUACUGGAUAUUUACCUCUUAAAACAUAUCAACCGGUUAUACACAUGGAUACGAGAACACACACACACACACACACACACACACACACACACACACACACACACACACACACACCAGGUAGGUCCUUGGUGUGAUCAGCCACAGAAUCUCUGGGUCAGGCUCCACGUGGAUGCAAGGAGGCGUCAGUGUGGUGUCAGUGUGGUGUCGCGGUGGUGCGUCCCGGCCCCUGUGUGCCACGCACCUCAUCCUGGGAGCUGACGCCUGCAACGCAUGUGUGCACCCCGGCACACGGUAUUGGUACCACUGUGAUGAUGAUGGUGGUGGUGAUGAUGAUAAUUAUGCUAUCAAUAAUAAAAUUAAUGAUUAUUACUAUCAUUAUUAA